AUGUCGUCCAUUCUGGCUGCCGAGCUGGCAAAGGCCAAGGCGAAAUUCGAACAUGAAAAGAUCCAUGGACGGGAGAAGAAGACUGAGAAACAAACAACCCACCGAGUGGCGCGGAAUCGAGGCGUCGAGGAAAGAAUAUCACGGGACGACAAUUAUCGUGUGAGCAAAUCGUCAUCCCAAAAAACAGGUUAUGAGAACAUGCAACGGAAGGCAGAGCUCUAUCGACAGUUCCACCACGGAGAGAUCGAAGAACUUGCAGGUGGGGUCAUGGAGCGACGCAUGGAAGAAGAAGACAGAGAUCUUGUAUCAUGUGACUCUGACGAUCCAGAAUACGAAUCUGAUUCUUCCGCUGACUCCUCGGAGAUCGAGAUUGUGGACGAGUUUGGAAGAACCAGAAUGGUGCCGAAAAGCAAACGAUACCUGUUUGAGGCAAGGAAAGCGGUGGCACGUGAUGGAUAUGGGUCACACAAUACAGUGGUGACAUCCCGUGAUAUGGUUGAGAAACCAGCGAAUGUCAUUUACGGAGAUAUUGUUCAGACUGAUAGUUUUACUCGGAACGACUUUGUUCCACAGGAGAAUGAGGUCUCUAAUUCUCACUACGACUCUACAAAAGAGAUUAGAAAUCGAGGCGUUGGAUUCAUGCAAUUCAGUCAAGAUGCUGAGGUGCGUGAGCGUCAGCAGAAGGAGUUGAAGGAGGCAAGAGCUGUUACCCAGGCCUUUAUUGAAGAGAAGAAUAAAGAGAAGGGGAUCCGCGCUGGGCGUGGUGAUUUGGAAAGGUUCAAACAGAGGUAUGAGGCUAGAGAAAGAAGGGUCAAAGAAUUUUAUCAGGGUGUUAGUUGA